UUUCCCUCAAUACUUCAGUUCUUGUUCUGCUUCAGGGGCCCUAACACCCUGAGCCAACAAAACAUCUUCAAAAAGCCUUUAUACUCUGAAGUGCUACUGCAUCCAGUGGUCUCACCAGCAGAGACUGUCCUGAAGAUAAAGGAAAUCAUGACGAAAUUAGACCAGCUGAUCCCACCCAGACAUUUCCCCCAUGUGAACACUACCACCAGUGCAGCACACAGCAAAGUCACUGUGCUCAAUCCUCGAGACACCUACUGUAUAGAGGAGCAGCUAGACCUCCUGCUGGGGGUGAGGGACCAUCUGGGAUGCAGGAAGGAGUAUGGUGGGGAUUUCCUGAGGGCCAGGAUGUCUUCCCCAGCGCUGAAGGCAGGCGCUUCAGGAGAGGUGACUGACUUCAACAACGGCACCUACCUUAUCCGCUUCACUCUGUUCUGGGAGGGCCAGGUUCUGUCCCUGCUGCUCAUUCACCCCUGUGAGGGGGUGUUGGCCCUCUGGUGGGCAAGGAACCAAGGCAAGGAAAGGGUAAUCUUCACUGGCCAGUUCGCCAGUGGUAACUCCCAAGUUCUCUCUGAAUGUGGCCUGACCCUAAACACAAGUGCUGAACUGUGCCAGUACCUGAACACUCGAGACCAAGAAGCCUUCUACUGUGUGAGACCUCAACAUGUUCCCUGUGAUGCUCUGACCCAUGUGACCACCAGGAAUAGAAACAUUUCCUAUCUUAGCAAGGAAGAAUGGGGCCUUUUCCAAGGGUCCAGUGUGGGGGUUGAAAUGAUGGAGAACUUCACAUCUAUUGAGGUCUUACCAUGUAACAGUAAGUCUGAAUAUAAAAAGAAAUGUCAGAUUGGAAUGAAGACUCCUUUCCCUAGAGGUUACACUUUGCAAAGAAGGUGGAUUACAGCAUUUUGCAAACAGGCUGAGUUAGAUGCAGCAAAAAAUAUAAAUGACUGCUUGAAAAGAAAACUCAUUUACCUCAUGGGAGAUUCGACACUGCGACCGUAGAUUUACUACUUACAAAAAGUUGUGGAAACUUUAAAAUAUUUUGAUCUUCAUGGAACCGGGAUCUUUAAAACCCAUGUGCUUCUGAAUGCUGAAAGACACAUUUUGAUUCAGUGGAAAAAACAUGGUCAUCCAUUUAUUACUGAAAAGCUGUUCUCAGCAAAAGAUGAAAACUGUAUCCCAUGAGAAACUGGCCAGGUAGCAGGAGACAGUGACACUGCCAUUGUCAUUACCCAUGGCCAGCACUUCAGGCCUUUUCCCAUCAACAUUUUCAUUUGUAGGGCCAUCAAGGUUCAAAGGGCCAUUGAAUGUCUAUUGCUGCGAAGCCCAGAGACCAAAGUUAUCCUUAAAAUUGAAAACACCAGGGAGAUGUAUCUAAAUGCAGAGAUGUUUAGUGACUUUCACGGCUACAUUCAGAAUCUUAUAAUGCAUGAUGUUUUUGUGGAUCUCAAUGUUGGUAUUAUUGAUGCCUGGGAAAUGACUAUUGCAUAUCGCAUUAAUAAUGCCCACCCACCUGAUCAUGUGAUUGGAAAUCAGAUUAACAUGUUUUUAAACUACAUUUGCUAGAGGGCAAAUACAGAAAAACAACACUUGCCAUUCUCUGUAGAUGACCUCACAUAUACUUCAAGAAUGAUCUGGUUCAGUCCAAAGUAUGGGGAAAUCAAAUUUAAAGGAGUCUCUCCAAUGCUGAGCUUGACAACUGAAUAGAAAAACAUCAUCAUAAUACUUUAAUUUUAAGAAACAUAUGACUUAGAAAUUAGUGACGUAAAUGACUCAAGUUUAGAGAAAAUGUGAUCUAUAGGGGAAAACUUAGUGGGAACUUAGAACAAUUGUUUGGAGUUUGGUAACCAGUUGUUUAUUAGAUUACAGUUAGAUCAGGGAUCACAGUUGGAAUCCUACAAGCUCAUUGAAAGAAUCUGUCUUGGAUUGAAUUGUGUCCCCCCCAAAUAUAUGGCUAGGCCAUGAUUCCC